AUGGAUAAUAAUAGAACAAAGGUUAAUGUGGCUGUGGUUGGAGCAACUGGUACAGUGGGCCAGAGAUUCAUACAACAGUUGGAGAACCAUCCUUACUUUAAGGUACAUGCAUUGGGCGCAUCGGCAAACUCUGCAGGCAAGCUUUACGGUGAGGUUGUGCAUUGGCUGCUGCCAACACCAAUACCAGCGGCAGUGGCCAGCAUGCGCGUGCUCGACUGUGCCAACAUCACACAACAGGGCUUUGCCGAGUGCAAGAUAGUGUUCUCGGCGCUGGACUCGUCGGUGGCCACCGAGAUCGAGAGCAAGUUCCGCGAGGCUGGCAAGGCCGUGCUGAGCAACUCCAAGAACCACAGAUACGACAGUGACGUGCCCAUCUUGGUGUGCAGUGUCAAUGCGCCACAUGCAGAGGUCAUCACACAUCAGCCCAGCUACAAGGUCAAUGGAGGAUUCAUCAUCACCAAUCCCAACUGCUCGACCACAGGCAUCGUUGUUGCGCUUCAACCCAUCGCCCAGGCCUUUGGUCUACACGAGGUCGUAGCCUUCACCAUGCAAUCUGUGUCUGGCGCAGGAUAUCCAGGUGUCCCAUCAUUAGAUAUAUUGGGCAACGUUGUACCAUACAUUGGAGAAGAAGAGGAGAAGAUAGAGAUAGAGACCAAGAAGAUAUUGGGAACUCUGAAUGUCAAUGAUUCUUCCAAGUACUUCCACAACAAUCCACUCAUGAUCAGUGCACAUACCAACCGUGUUCCAGUUUCUGAAGGUCACACCAUCUGUCUAUCAAUCAAGUUGAAGCAAGCUGCUACUGUCCAACAAGUCAAAGACGCUUUGAGGAACUACCGUCCAAAGGAGUUGGAGACACUACAAUUGCCAUCAGUCAAGGGCAACCCUAUUGUUGUGCUGGAGGAGAACAAUAGACCACAGCCUAAAUUGGAUGUCGAGCGAGGCAAUGGUUACACAGUGACUGUUGGACGUGUGCGUAGUGGCUGUGGCGAGGCCAGUGAAUGCUCUUUCGACCUUCGUUUGACACUGCUAGUUCACAACACUGUCCUGGGAGCAGCGGGCUCCUCCAUCCAGAAUGCUGAGUACUGUCAUGCCAAAGGAUAUAUCAACUGA